CCUUGUAUUUUGUAGGCAAUUAUCAAAGUUUCUCUUCUUUCAUAUACCCCCAACCCUCUCCUCUCUCUUCCCAAGCAACCAAGAGAGAGAGAGAGAGGGGCAAAGCCAGAGGUGCUAUCCUACACCCCAUUGCGUACCUCACCAUCCCCUCAAAUGAGAGCAGUAGCAGCAGCUGCAACACAGCCCCUCCUUAUCCUACGCACCCUCCUCCCUACUCCAUUUUCAAAGCCAGCCUCCUCCUCUCUAUCAACCCACCAAAAUCCACUACCACCACAACCAUCUCUAUCUCCCCAACAGCUCACACAAAUCAAUCUCCUCAUUCCCCGCCUCUGCCAACGGCCAGAUCAUCUCCCCCACGUGGCCCGCCUCCUCGACUCCAUCCUCCUUCUCCCCAACCCCCCUCCCCUCACUUCUCUCUCCCUUCCAAUCCUCAUCCACAGCCUCACCUCCUCCUCCGACAUCUCCCUUUCCAUGUCCCUCCUCACCCGUCUUGGCCGUAACCCCCGUGCUGGGCCCCACCUCCUCCCCAUUGCCCACCUCCUCCUCGCUUCCUACCUCAGGGCUCGCAAGCCCAGGGACGCGAUGUCGAUCUUCCGUUGGAUGUCAAGGCCCGAGAAUUCGCAAUGGGGAAAGGUCAAUGGGUCUACGUAUGGGAUGGCGGUUACUGGGUUUUGUAGGAAUGGGAGGACGCUGGAGGCAUUGAAGGUUCUUCGUGGGAUGGUGAGUGCGGGUGUGGCACCGGAGGAGGAUGUGAGAGGAUGGGUUUAUAGGAGCUUGUUGAGGGAGGCGAGGGUGAAGGAAGCCGUGGAGCUGGACGGUGCUUUGGGUCGGGUCCGAGAAGGAGGGAAGGGUGGGGAUCGGGAUGCGGCUGUUGAAUUGAUGGAUCAAAUGGUGAGAGAUUGGAGGGAGUAGAGAGCAGAAAUUUGAAAGUACUGCCAAGUCCAAUUCAGGUUCAGAAGUGGAUGAUAAGGCUCUUUGUUCUGGUUCCAUCUUGCUUCCUUGUUAUGUUCUGUCCCUCUAUUAUCUAAGGCAAGCUAGAAGGUGAUCCGUGACUGGGUGAAGGAUAUGAGUGCAGUGCCUCAGAGACUUUCUUGGGUGGUCCAUGCAGCCAAGGAGAUUAUGUCAAGGCCCAGCAUUUCAUUUUGGCCUACUGCUAAGACUGUGAAUUGAGACACUUCUCUGCUGAAGGUAGUAAGCUACUUUGUUUGUCACUUGGAAGUCAGUUCUUUUGUUGUAGUUGGCAUGUAAUAAAUUUUGUGCUAUCCAUUUAAAGAUGAAUAUAUGGUGCAGCACCUAGCUUGUAAGUCA